CUUAGUAGCCUGGUCUCUUAUUCCCAUGUGGUCCUAUACAGUGGUCGGUUUGUCCGCAGUCCCUCGAUCGAAGAAAAACGUUUGGCCCCUACAUACUCUGUCCACAUACUCUAAGCACACGUUCUGGCAUAGUCACCAUGAGUGACUUGAUACCAUCAUGGAAUAUCGUCCACAAAUUGGAGAAGCGCAAUCUUCUCAUCGCUAUCAACUGUGUCGCAGCCUUGUCGAUCCUAUUCUUCGGAUAUGAUCAGGGGAUGAUGUCGGGGGUGAACAACUCCAAGAACUAUAUCGAUCUUAUGGGUUUCGGCUACACCAAAGUGGUAGAUGGAGAGCUCACCCCAGUUGUCACCGACAGUCUGCUGCAAGGCGGGAUCGUGUCUGUCUACUACUUGGGCACUUUGUGUGGUGCGCUGAUCGGUGGCUGGAUUGGUGAUAGAAUUGGCAGAAUCAGGACUAUCGCCUCAGGCACGGUUUGGGCGGUCUUGGGGGCUUCUUUGCAGUGUGCAGCUCAAAAUCAUAAUUGGAUGAUCUGCUCACGUUUCAUUAACGGUAUUGGGACGGGAAUUCUGAACGCUAUUGUGCCAGUCUGGGCUACGGAGACAGCUGAGCAUACCUCCCGUGGAAAGUUUAUUGCGAUUGAAUUCACCCUUAAUAUAUUCGGUGUUGUGGUGGCCUAUUGGCUGGAGUUUGGUCUGUCCUUUAUCGAUGGCGGCAAAUCUGCAUUCCGCUGGCGCUUUCCCAUCGCGUUCCAGAUCAUCUUCUUGCUUCUCCUGUUCGUUUCGGUCUGGUUCUUCCCCGAGUCGCCGCGCUGGCUGGUUAAAGUCGGUCGUGAGCAAGAAGCACGUUAUAUCCUUGGUCGUCUUAGAGGGAGUACUGGGGAUGACGCUGUCCGCGCUGAAGCCGAGUUUCGAGAUAUCCAGGGUGUCGCAGAAAUGGAACGAUCGAUGAACCACAGCACUUCGUACCUUUCUAUGCUUUUCGGCUACAAAACCGGCAAGUUACACCUUGGGCGGCGCGUGCAGCUCGUCAUCUGGCUGCAGAUCAUGCAAGAAUGGGUUGGUAUUGCGGGUGUCACUGUUUAUGCGCCCACUAUCUUUAGCAUUGCUGGAUUCGACUCCAUGAAGAGUCAAUGGCUCAGCGGACUGAACAAUGUCUUCUACAUGUUUGCUACCCUUAUCUGUGUCUUCACGCUCGAUCGUAUCGGUCGCCGGUGGACCCUUUACUGGGGAGCCGUCGGUCAAGGCAUCGCCAUGUUCCUCGCCGGAGGCUUCUCCCGAUUGGCAAUCAAUGCACGAGAUUCGGGUGAUGCAGCGCGCGCCAGUUCAUUUGGAGCUGCUGCUGCUGCAAUGAUAUUCAUCUUCACUUCCGUCUUCGGAGCGACAUGGCUGACAGUGCCAUGGAUCUAUCCCGCGGAGAUCUACCCGUUGGCCGUGCGAGCCCGCGGAAACGCCUGGGGUGUCGUUGGAUGGAGUAUCGGGAACGGAUGGCUGACACUACUUUGCCCGGUGAUGUUCAGCGCCAUCGGCGAGAAAACGCUGUAUGUAUUUGCAGCUAGCAACGUUAUCACAAUCCCGAUGGUAUGGGCGCUCUACCCGGAGAGUAACCAGCGGACCUUGGAGGACAUGGACCUGCUUUUCGCAUCAGAUAGCCCAUGGGUGUGGGAUGCCGAGAAGACCUUUGCGCGAUUGAAGGCAGAGAAUCCGGGGUACGUGGAGACGGCAGCUCGGAAGGGAAGCGUAGCGGUCGAGCAUGUGCAGGAAGUAUGAUGAGCCCCCCUGACAGCUCAGCCUUGGCCGAUGAUACACCGUCUAUACACACAAUUCAAGAUAGAAAGCGAAAUACAUAUUAAAUCGCUUCAUGAAA